UGCCCACUCUGCGGGCAGCAGAUCACUGUCGGGACUGCAGGGAGCAAGAAUAUGGACAUGCAUAAGGGCAGCAAGAGGUGUAAGCAGCAGCAGAAGCAACGGGAGAAGGAGGCAAAGGAAGAGGACGAACGAGCGAAGAAGAAGACAAAGAAGAAGCCGAUGAAGCAACGCACCCUCUUUGAAGUAGCAAACCCCCCUCACCCUCUUCCAGGCCCCUCCCCCUCCACUCCCCUGCCUCAACCAGCGCCUGAGCACUCCAAUCCUCCAUCCCAGCCAGCCGUCGCCCGAGCAGCUCCGUCACCUCUAGCCAACAAGCUGCUGUCGACCCUUCGUGAUGGUAUUGCCCACAUGCCGAGUUCUAUUCCAGUUGCAUGCGAGAAUGACGAGCUCGUCGUUUUCGAGAACUGGGCGGACAACUACCGCGACAUGGACGCCGACAUCGUCUGGGAGGACGCCGAUCAGCAGAUGAACAAUGUUUUCGGAGGUGGAAGGCCAGAGGAAGAGAUUAGAACGCUCGUUCGAAGAGGAGACGCCGGGAUGGAUGGGGUACUCAACUUCUUCGAGUUCAUCUUGAUCGACAAGGAGAUUGACCCCUGCCUGCUUAGCUGUUCUAGUGGUCGCGUUGGCAUUAUCGACCCGUCAUUGGUCGACAAAUUGGUGGCUGACGGUUUGGCGACCUCGCCUGCGAAACCGGCACCUAAUAGCCACCCGUUAGCGGCGGUACCGGCUGCUUCGACCACGGGCGCCUCGUUGUCGACGUCCACACGCCCUCCCUCACCACGGCUCAUCGUCAUCGACGAUAGCGAUGAUGGUCGCGACGGGGUGCACGGCCACGGCAGCGCGGGGAAGACGCUGACUUCAACGCGUGAUGGCAGGUGCUCGUUCGCCUGCAAUGGCUUUGAGCUGCCGGUGCCAGGUGGGCAGUGGGGCGUGAUGGUAUAUCCGUUUGCGUUGCACACGCGGAUGGUGCUACCGUGGUCAGUUCACACAGAGGGACGGCGAAUCUGGCUCACCGCGAGCAAGUGCACGGGUAGGACAAAGGUAGCAGCGGCGUGUGCUCCAUGCAGCGAGCUUGGCAAUAAUGGUCAGCUUGUCUCAAUCGUGAAGCGAAUGAAGGACGGCGUACACGAGAAUACCCCCCACAUCUACCAGCCGAUCAGUGGCCUCCACUCCAUCAUCCGCACAAAGACGUUCCAGGUCCAGGCACUCCGACUUGGCCGAGUCAACCUCUCGAAGAGUCUUGCGCGAAAGUCGUCCGCCCUCGACGACCAUAAAAGGUUUCUCCUUGCCAUUGCCGACAGCGACUUCUCGCGCGUGCAGGACCUAAUCCAAGUCUGUAUAAAGAACGGCAUGUCAGUGCAGAAAAUGGCCGAGCAACUCGACAAGGCAACGCGUGGCCUUUACAGCCCAAAAAGCUUCUCCACGGCGGAGAAGAAGCUCUGUGUGUUGAUCCUGCGUCUUGCCGGCCCACGCGUUCUCAGUAUCUACCACAAGGCGACGGGCGCACCUGCAACAAGCACGAUACAACGAUGCUCAGUCAAUCCUCCGCUUCGUGUUUCCGCUGGGUUUCCUUCAAUUGAUGAAGUCAGCUACAACGUCAAAAACUCGUUUGCAGAGGGAACACUAGGACUUACCGAUGACUCGGCGUCAAGUGCCGACCAGGUCUAUGGGUAUUCGCUCAUGAUUGAUGAAAUUAAAGUAGAGGGUCGUCCGCGUUGGGACGACCUGACAAACAAGAUAGUUGGCGUGGCGAGGGAGGACGCGGAUAAGAUAGGGCUUGAUUUCUGUUCGGAGGCAGAGGCGUACGCUCUUGUCAAGGCGGUUGCGGAUGGUAAAGUGCGAUUGGCGGUGGAGGCCACAGUUGCUGCUAUUGGGCUUCUCGCGGGUGACUCCCGGAGCCACGCGGCACGCCCUAUUCUCGUGUCAGGAACGUGCAAGACAGAAGACGCACCCACGCAUGCAGAUUUAAUCCAAGUAGUGAUCGAUGCGUGUGAGCACGAGAAGGUUCCGGGUAGACUGUAUUGCAUUGCCUCUGACGGCGAAGCACGACGCGGCGCGGCACUAGUGCUCCUCACUCACAAGCGGAAAUUGGCACCCUCAUCGCCCAUCUUCUCGUAUGUGGGCAAGCUCCCUCUAAUGAAUACACUAGUGGGCGACAACGAUUUGACAUCAGACAAGGACUGGAAACAUGUAAUUAUGAAACGGAUUCGCUGUGCUAUUCUCCGAGACAAGGGCAUCACCAUCUACGACUAUAACAUUCCUCCUGCUACUCUUGGUUGGCAUCUCCGCUCCGGCGGUCUGGCACCUCAUCAGGUUGAGAACUUAAUGAAUCCUAACGAUAAGCAAGAUGUUCUUCUCGCGGUCAGCCUGCUCAAGUCUGUUUGGGACCUUCCUGAAACAUCUAGCACGCGUCCAACAGUGAUCGCUGCGCGGAAGUAUAUCCGUAUCUUUGGCAACUUUCUCAGGCAUCUCAUUACCCCUUAUAUUGACGUCAACAUGUCCCUAUCCGAUCAACUUGCCCAUCUUAGUGCUGCUGCUCACCUGGCCUGUAGCCUGUAUACUCAUCCAGGCGCCAGCGGGGGCGCAUUUCUGCCGAAGCCACUCUACACCGACAUUCAAAUCCUAAUCAAGAACGUCUUCUUCUGUGUCGCUAAGGCUAAAGUGGACCGCCCCCUCGGAAACUUCUAUAUCAUUAUGCUAGGGACCGACCGGUUAGAGAUCUCGUUUGGGAUCUACCGCACAAUUGUUGGUAAUGAUGCAAAUGCUGACCUUAUCCAGCUGGGCGACCGGAUAGCCCAUGUCACUGAGAGUGGCCAGAUCCUUGUCGAAUAUCCAGAGUGGGACACUACUCCGCGAAGGCUCAAGCUCCCGGGCUUGUCAAGUGACGAGGAGCUCACUGCCAAGGUCGAUCACAUCAACCCGGCAUCCUGGCGAGGCGACGUCAGCCUCAAGCACGUUCUUCCCAUUACCGCAUGGACUCACGGUCGUGAGACCAUUGAGCACGACUAUGCUCAAUUUGCUGUGCAUGCGUGCUUCGCUCGAAUUCAGGAAUCUGGCGGGGAUCUUCUAUUCCCGGAUGGCUCACCUCCUGGCCCCUGUCUUGCUGAUCCUGACCCUGAGGACACUGUUGAGGAUGACCCAAUCCCUAUUGCCGCCCCCACACCCGAGACGGACGAUUUGGACAUGGAGGAUCGCGUAGCAAUCGAGCUGGCAGAGCAGAACCAGACGUUCUCUCCGUACGUGCAAGUUGAGGGCAAGCGCGUGUAUAAAGCUCGAGUCCUUCGUCAAUUAUUUCGUUUCAUCAACUCUGCUGGUUCGACAGAUCGACUCAAACGUGUUGCUGGGCUGUUACGGUUCACAGCGGCUCCCGACAUCGACACAGAUGUCGUCAACUCUCUGUCGAUCUUUGGUGGAGCAAAACUCUUCGUUGGCGAGCCGUUGGUCACCCUUGUGAAGGCCAAUUCACGUCUAUUCUUGGCGGUGGUUCAGAUCUCGGCAAUACAUUUCCAUUCCAGUCCGGUUGUGGAGAUUGCGGCCGGUGCCUUGGGAGAAGAAGGGGUUUCCGUCACUACUCAGAUUCUGAUUCUCACCGAGCGCUCAUUGGCCAAUCCUGGUCCCGAGUCUGAGGACUGGGAAUGGUCAGGGAAAAUGGGCAGGGUUCUCAAGUCGUCACCCGGUCACAAUUUUCAAGCCAUUAAUCCUAAUCUGGAUCCCUCUUACCCAACUUCCCCGUCGUUCCUCUUCUCUACAGCUGACCUGCAGGCAUUUGCACUCAGCCUGCAGGCGCAGAUCACUCAGUCUGCCACCGGCCUGUUUCGCCUCCCAUCUGUGCCUACUCAAGACCUGUUUCCGUACAGGUCUGGUGGUGCGUCGUAUUUUCUGUUUUCCUUUUCAUUGGUGUUUAUAUCCUGUGCUAGGUCGAGCAGCGUUCGCCAUCGACAUUGA